UCUAAUAUAUAACAACAGAGAAAGAUGGUGAGGGUAGGAGAAGCAUUGAGUGUAUCAACCUCAUCGUCUUCAUCGUUCUACGAUAGCGAAGUAGAAGAGCUUCAAAAGAUGCCAUUGGAACCACCUAGAGUUAAGACUAAGAAACGUCUCUCCAAGCAACUCUCCAUGUUAGAGACCCGUAGAGACAUCGCAUGGGAGCGUCGCCGCCGCCAGAUGCUUCAUCACCUUGAGAAGCAUAACGAAGGAGGAGAUGACUUGACGGACGAGGACUUGAGUGAGCUCAAAGGUUCUAUUGAGUUAGGGUUCGGGUUUAACGAGGAGCAAGGGCAACAUCUUACAACUACAUUGCCUGCAUUGGACCUUUACUUCGCUGUGACUCGUCAGAUCUCGCCGGUUUCUACACCAGGCAGCGGUGGAUCUUCUUCAUCCUCCCGACCUACUUCUCUUGGAGACCGAUCUUCCUCUUUUGGUAGUCCUAUAAGCGACUCUGAUUCUUUGAAGGUUAUGUCUCCAGGUAACUAUAUAUAUAUCCUUUUUUUUUCAUGUCGUCACACAAUAUAAACAUAGCAACCUAAACUUUUAGUCAGAUUGAUAUUAUUAUAUGGUCGUGUUUUAAUGUCAUUCGAUGAAUUUGCAGGAGAUAAUCCUCAACAGGUUAAAACGAGACUGAGGCAUUGGGCACAAGCUGUAGCAUGUUCUAUGAUACAAUCUUCCAAUUAAGGAGAGAAGUGAGAGAUGGGUUUAUACAAGAGUGGGACAUGAAUGAUACUACACAAAUUUGACUGAGACAAAGGAAGUGUUGUAGAAAUUAAGCAAGCUUAAGAGAGAUUAAUUAAGGAGUUGAUUAAGACAGAGGAGGACAGAUUAUUGAAGUUUCAAACUAUAAGAAGAAAUGGAAAAGAAGCAUGGAGGUCUUACAUGUUAUUCUUGAACCCCUUUUUUUUCGCCAAAGACAAAGUUUUAAAUAUUUUUAGAUAUCACUACUUUUAACAGUAAGAAAAUACUUUAGAUACUAGGUUUUUGCUUCUCUUCCUCAUUUUUUCCUUUUAAUUAUCUUUUUUAAAUUUGUACUAUGACU